UAUACAAUGAAAAUUGAAGCUAGGUGGGAGAGAUGGUUGAGAGCUUAAAAGACGAAGAGCAUUAAUCAUUCACAGCUCUUCUUCGUUGUGAAGCGUUCAGUUGACAUCUUUGCUUAAAUUCAUACUGAAGGAUUUGUCUUGAUUAUAGAAUGCCGGUGUUGGAAGUGUUCUACAUGAGGGCAAGCCCUCCAAGCUACGCGGUGCUCGCUCUGCUUAAGCACACUAAAACUCCCUACAAGGCCACCGAAUUGGACUACUUCGGCGGCCAGCAGUUCACUGAAGAGCAUGCAAAGAGAAAUCCGCAAAAAGAGGUGCCUGUAAUCCAGGAUGGAGAUUACAUCUUGUGCGAGAGUGUUGCAAUCUUGCAAUACAUUGCUGACGCCUAUGGCAAAGGCUUACCAGAUCUGUACCCCAGUGACCCUAAGCGUCGGGGAACCAUCAAUCAACGCUUGGCCUUCAACCUGUGCAAUUUAUAUCCUAGCGUGUCCAUGUAUACAUUUGGAGAUGUCUUUGGUGCACCAAGCACUGACCAGAUAAAAUCAAAGGCCCUGAGGUCACUUUCAGUUUUUGAGACAAUUCUGAAGGACCAGGGAACUAAAUUUGCUGCUGGAGAUAAAAAAUUUCAGAGAAAUUCUCCAUUGCUGACAUCGGUCUUCUGCAAACAGCGAUUUGCAUGGAGGCUGCCGACUUUGAUUUUUCGCCCUACCCACUCAUCGCCAAGUGGUACGAAACGUGCAAAACGCAAGGGGCCAUGUGGGAAGAUUUCAAGGCCAUUCGCGAUGACUUGCACUUUUUCUUAAAAAACCCUCCAAACAAAGAUGCACUCGCUCAACUUGACAAAAAACGCGAUGCAAGCUUUCAACAGAAGUGAGCUUGAAUAACUCAGCAUCGACCGUGGCCACCAUUGUUCUUGAUUUAUUUACUUUUAUAUUAUGUAAUUUUUUUAAUUGGAUUUUUAAAGUGAAAUCCUUAUAAUUAAUUUAGGUCCACAUAUCGCAUCCGGCAAUAUAAUAAAAAAUUUUGAGAAAAUAA